GAAGGAGCUGAAAGACACAAAAUGAAUUAUUUUUUUCGGUUGGGAUGUUGGUGUUGCAAGUGGUUCUGCGGCUUCUGCGGCCGGCUCGUUUGACAUUACCUUUCAUAGGUUAUGUACACAUUUGACGUACAAAACAAAGUCGCAUGGCAAUAUAAUAACACGGACACGGAAUUUUUUAGUUAACGUAGACUCUGUGACAUUGAAACUGUUCAAUCAAAAAACAGAAUGAAAAACAAAUCGAAGCUAAAAUCAAAAGCGACCAACAAGCGUCCGCAAAUCGAAGGUUCCUGGUCGAAGGUGAAAAUCGCCGGCAAUCUUAUAACGAAUGACGGUGGAGGUUUGGAGGGACUCGUUGGACUGGAAGUGUUAGAGAAUUACGACAAGAACAUCAUUGCGAAAGUGAAGAAAUCUAAGAAACGUCAAAGGGAAGACGAUGAAGAUGAGCUGCAAGAUAAGCCGAAAGUAAAGCAAAAUAAGAAGCAAAAAAUUAAUCACGCGGUACCAUCAAAGCCGGGCAGAUACGUUUUAAUCAAUCCUCAACAGGAUGAUGAGUCCGACGACGAAGCAGAGAAGGAGACCGACACUGAUGUAAUCGAAGCAACAGAUUUACUGCAAUGGAAGACAAUCGGAGUCCCUGACGUGAUACUUAAAGCUUUGGCCGAAAAGAAAUUCACUGAACCCACACAAAUCCAGUCGCUCACAAUACCAGCGGCAAUAAUGGGCCGGAAAGAUAUUCUGGGAGCAGCUGAAACGGGUAGCGGAAAAACAUUGGCAUUUGGCAUUCCAAUCUUGAAUGGAAUCAUUGAGCUGAAAAAGAACGGUGACUUCAUGCAAAGCCGUACGUUGAAGACUAAAGCCGCUAAAGCACCUGUCGCUGAAAAGGAACCGAAAUCGGGCCGGAAAAACCGAGCUGAACGAGAAAAUUUGACACCGCCACCGGAUGAAAUCAACAAUUUCCCAUCCGACGAUGAAAAUGGCGAUCCAAACGAUCAUCAACAAAGCGACGCAAAGCCAUUGUAUGCUUUAGUAUUGACACCCACCCGAGAACUGGCUGUACAGGUUAAGGAUCAUUUGGUUGCUGUUGCCAAAUACACGGGAAUCAAAGUGGCUGCAGUAUUCGGUGGAAUGGCGCAAGUGAAGCAGGAACGUGUGUUGAGUAAAUGUCCUGAAAUUGUUGUGGCCACACCUGGUCGUCUUUGGGAGCUUCUUUCGUUGGGGAAUGAACAUUUGAACAAAAUGGAAAACAUAAGCUUUUUGGUGAUUGACGAAACGGAUCGUAUGAUCGAAAAGGGACAUUUCGAAGAGUUGACGCUACUACUCGGUCGCUUGAAUGCAGAUCCAGUAAAGAAAGCUCGCCGGCAAAAUUUCAUAUUUUCGGCGACAUUGACAAUGGUCCAUGAAUUGCCCAGUUACAUCAAAUCGAAAAAUGUUGGCAGGAAAUCGAAAGCUCAAAAGCAAACUUCUGAGCAAAAAAUACAAAUGCUCAUUGAUCAUCUGGGCAUUUCGCAGCCAAAGAUUGUCGAUGUAACUAAGAAGAGCGGCACAGCAGAUAAACUGACAGAAUGUCGAAUAAUUUGCGAUUUGGAACAGAAGGAUUUGUAUCUCUAUUACUUCCUCCAACGGCAUCCAGGCCGGACGAUUGUCUUUUGUAAUUCCAUCGAUUGUGUUAAACGAUUGGGCCAACUAUUCAAUUUAUUAAACUGUCAACCGCGACCGCUACAUGCGCAAAUGAACCAACGUCAACGGUUAAAGAAUUUGGAAAAAUUCACUGCUAGUCCAACUGGAUUAUUGAUCGCGACUGAUGUGGCCGCAAGAGGAUUGGAUAUACCGAAUGUUCAACAUGUCAUACACUAUCAGGUACCUAGAACAACUGAGAAUUACGUUCACAGGUCAGGUAGAACCGCUCGGGCCAAUAAUGAAGGGAUUACUGUGCUGAUUAUGGAGCCAGGAGAAGUAAAGAACUACGUGAAAUUGUGUCGCACAUUACAGAGAGCCGAAGAUCUUCCAUUGUUCCCCGUAUCAGAGCAACAUUUGAAAGCAGUCCGAGCUAGAGUAGAACUGGCCCGUGAAGUAGAUGUUCUAGAUUUGAAAACCCGUCGCACACAAAGCGAGAUAGGUUGGUUGAAAAAAUCAGCCAAAGAAAUGGACAUCAUUGUGGACGACAUGAGCGAUUUCAGCGAAAAUGAAUUGUACGAUUCGGAUGAUGGUGGCGAUCGAUUCAAAGUGAAGAGAGAAUUGAAACAAAAGCGCGACAAUCUAAACAAAUUGCUGGCAAAGCCACUGUUCACCAAAGGUUUCAGUUACAAAUAUCCGUUGAGUACUGGUCAACUCAACAUUCCGUCAAUGGAUAUUGAAGAUGACAAACAGAAUGCCGUUAAUGUGAUGAAAGAGGCCAUUGAAGAUUAUAAAGCCGCAAAGAAACGACACAAUAAAAAGAACGUUUACUGAAGCGAA